AUGACGGAAAAGCAAAAUGCGGUGAAAGAUAACAAAAUAGAUAAAUCGGAGCUGCACACAACAGCAGUAGUAGGUGAAAGGGACGGCACUAACUGCGACACUGCUGAAGACGACGCGGGUGACAACGUCAACGUCGCAACUGCUGUUGCUAUUGUCAUGCGCAGGCGACAUGCAGUGCGUAUGCGCAUGGAGGGUGGGGAGAUUGCUCGAUGGUUGUCCCAGAGAGCAGGCAGACGCGUAAUAUUUUGGAAAAGAAUGAGCCAUCCGGUCUACACCGACAGCACCAGGAGCAAAGAGGAAUCGGGGAGAAGCGGAGAUGGGAAAAUGAGAUCUCUCAUGAUAAUGUAG